AUGACCAACCAGCAAUACAACUGCCAUUUCCUGGCUACAUCAAACACCGCGUCCGCUCUAGAAUUAGCUGAUCAGAUAGUGGAUGAGAUGAAUGACCUAUCUACACAUGGGUUCAAUGCCUAUGAUGCAGGAAUUCAAGCAGAAGUAUUGGUCAUGCCCUUUGUGCUAUGUUUUCUAGGGGACUCCCCUAUGCAUGCUGAGAUUGCAAACACUCCCAUGCCUUCAACUGCUUUGAAUCCCUGUCGAACGUGCAAAUUGGCCGCUCCAGGAAAGGGGGCCAAAUCCACACAUGACUAUGUUAAUGAUUUCUUGGGCAAAAACAAGGAUGGAGAAAAGGCAAGUUUUAGAUACCGAAAGUGGUCCGAGACAAUCGCACAUACACAUGAGCUUUGGAACAUUGGUAUGAAUAAGUCAAAAAAGAAGUUUGAUGAACGAUCUAUUGAAGUAGGAGUACGGGACGUCUUUAAUCGUACAUGUCUGCAGAUCAUCAAGGACCGCAAGGCUUCCAAGACAAAAAAGAUAUUGAUUCGACAGAUGCACAGGGCCAAGUCAUCCAAAUUGUUCAGCCCAAUCCUCAGACUAAAAGGCUUUGAUGGAGGUAAUGACACCCCAGUGGAAAUAUUACAUGUAUUUCUCCUGGGAGUUGUGAAGUAUCUUCUGAGAGAUUUUAUGACCACCACGAUCAAGCCCAAACAUAUCCCCCAGUUGAUAGCCUCAUGGGACUCAUUCAAGGUGCCACCAUUGGACACCCCACAAAUUGCAGGGAAGUAUUUUGUCAAGCACUACAAAAGCCUGGUUGGGAAGCACUUCAAGAUGGUCAUCCAACUGGCCCCAUUUGUGCUCUUCCAGUUCAUGAAUGAAGAACAAAGGGCACUCUGGACUGCAAUGUGCCGCCUGGCACCACUACUUUUCCAAACCUCCAUCCCAAACAUGGAAGUUUACAUCAAGGACCUGGAGGAGAAGAUUGACAACUUCAUGUAUCUGGUCAUCCGAAUGUCAGCUCAAUGGGUCAACAAGCCAAAGUUCCACAUGCUCUUGCAUCUACCCCGUGCAAUCAGAAGGUUUGGCCCAGCCUGCUUAUUUGCAACAGAGAAGUUUGAAAGCUUCAAUGGGAUCCUCCGCAACGCCUCAGUCCAUUCAAAUCGCCACGCUCCUGGACGAGAUCUGGCCAUAUCAUUUGCAAAUUACGAGUGCAUGCGUGCCAUCCAGUCCGGGGGAAGACUCUUCAAUCACAUUGAACAAAGGCAUUUUUUCCCUUCUGAAAGCCUCACCACUAUGUGCCAAGACAAAAUGAUUCAAAAGUCCAUGGGGUACAACCCCCCCAGAGAUAAUACAACCACCCCACCCCACAUAACUUAUCCAUCCAAGAAGGCCCCCCCCAUUGUCAUACCUCAGCAACUCCAAGAUGCUUACCCAAACAAAACCAUCAAACCCAUUGCAACAAUUAUGCUUGACACACACAGGAGGCUCAAGAAGGGGAUAUUUGUCCAGGUGAGGACCAGCUGGAAAAAUAUGUGA